GAGAACAUUUAAGGAAGUUCAGUUGCGGAAGCGCUGCGAACCCUGCGCUUCACCAGUGUGGCUCGGGGGAGCGGGUCCCUCCUGGAGACACGGCGCCCAGGAGGACAUCUCAGCCCCACACAGCCUCUCCUCCCCGUGACCUUGGGCUGAGCUGCCGGUGCCUGCUUGGAGAGCUGUCGAUUUGCAAUGCAGAUUCAUCGGUCCUCGCCUGCCUGUCCCUGCCCCUCCUAAAUUUGGCUGGGAUAUAAGAGGCUGUUCGCUUGCUGAUGCCAACAGUGGCAAUGGCAGAGCGCCCUGCCAUGUGAGAGGCAGAGAUAGAGGAGAGGGGGCCGAGGAGGAGCAAACCGUGUGGCUGCUGUUGCUUCUGGUCGCUGAGGAGCACAUCUGCGGGACAGAAUGUCCAUGCUUACCCCUGUCCUGCAGCCCCCGGAGGUGAAGGAGUAUCUGUCCAAGGGUGAGCGCUUCAUCAAAUGGGAUGAUGAAACAGCAAAUGCCUCUCCCGUGAUUCUUCGAGUGGAUCCAAAGGGCUUUUACUUAUACUGGACCUAUCAGAAUAAGGAAAUGGAAAUUUUGGAUAUAACCAGCAUCCGAGAUACCCGAGUGGGGCGAUUUGCCAAAAUCCCCAAGUGCCAGAAGCUCCGAGAGGUUUUUAACUUGGAUUAUCCUCACAGCACCUUCCUGCUGAAGACUCUGACUAUUGUGUCUGGCCCUGACAUGGUGGACCUCACUUUCCAUAACUUUGUUUCCUAUAAGGAGAAUGUUGGCAAGAGCUGGGCCGAGGAUAUCAUGGCCAUCGUUCGGAAUCCUCUCACCUACAACGCUUCUCGAUACACCUUCCUAGAGAAAAUCCUGGUGAAGCUGAAGAUGCAGCUUAAUGCAGAGGGAAAGAUCCCUGUCAGGAAUAUUUUUCAGAUGUUUCCUGCUGACAGGAAGAGGGUGGAAGCAGCACUGAGUGCUUGUCAUCUUCCAAAGGGCAAGAAUGACGCCAUCAACCCAGAGGACUUCCCUGAGACCGUGUAUAAAACUUUCCUCAUGAAUCUGUGCCCGCGGCCUGAGAUCGAUGAGAUCUUUACCUCACACCAUUUAAAAGCAAAGCCCUACAUGACCAAGGAGCACUUGGCAAAGUUUAUCAACAAGAAGCAGCGAGACUCACGCCUCAACGACAUCCUUUUCCCACCAGCCAAACCUGAGCAGGUGCAGAGCCUGAUAGAGAAGUAUGAGCCCAGCGGGAUUAACAUCCAGAGAGGGCAGUUGUCUCCAGAGGGGAUGGUCUGGUUCCUCUGUGGCCCUGAGAACAAUGUGAUAGCACUGGACAAAUUGAUGCUGUACCAGGACAUGACCCAGCCGCUCUCACACUACUUCAUCAACUCAUCACACAACACGUAUUUAACAGCGGGGCAGUUCUCUGGCAUCUCCUCUCCUGAAAUGUAUCGCCAGACGCUGCUGGCCGGCUGCCGCUGCGUGGAGCUGGACUGCUGGAAGGGCCGGCCCCCGGAUGAGGAGCCCAUCAUCACUCACGGCUUCACCAUGACAACCGAGAUCCUCUUCAAGGAUGCCAUUGAGGCCAUUGCAGAAAGUGCUUUUAAAACAUCUCUCUACCCUGUCAUCCUGUCCUUUGAGAACCACGUGGACUCGCCCAAGCAGCAGGCGAAGAUGGCCGAGUACUGCCGAACCAUUUUUGGGGAUAUGCUGCUGACAGAGCCACUGGAAAAAUACCCACUGAAGCCAGGAGUUCCUUUGCCAAGUCCUAAGGAUCUCUUAGGGAAAAUCUUGAUUAAGAACAAAAAGAAGCAAUCUGUAUCUGGGAAGAGACAGAACUCUUUGAAGAAAGGGAGGAAUGUGGAACCAGAAAUCACUGAGCAGCCAAUGCCAAUGGAUGCUGAGGAUACUGUCUGGGCAGGUGAUGUGGCUGAAGAAGAACCAGAGGAAGAGGAUGAACAUCUCGGAAACCUGGAUGAAGAGGAAAUUAAAAAGAUGCAGUCAGAUGAGGGCACUGCUGGUUUGGAAGUGACGGCGUACGAGGAAAUGUCCAGCCUAGUUAAUUACAUACAGCCCAUCAAAUUUGACUCCUUUGAAGUCUCUGCCCAGAAGAACCGGAGUUACGUCAUCUCUUCCUUCACAGAGAUGAAAGCUUACGAUCUACUAACCAAGUUCCCCAUGCAGUUUGUGGAAUACAACAAGCGACAGAUGAGCCGGAUUUACCCCAAAGGCACCCGCAUGGACUCCUCCAAUUACAUGCCCCAGAUGUUCUGGAAUGUUGGCUGUCAGAUGGUGGCACUUAACUUCCAGACCAUGGAUGUCCCCAUGCAGCAGAACAUGGCUCUGUUUGAGUUCAACGGCCAGUGUGGCUACCUGCUCAAGCAUGAAUUCAUGCGGCGUCCGGACAAGCAGUUUGACCCCUUCUCUGUGGACCGCAUUGAUGUGGUGGUGGCAAGUACCCUCUCUGUCACGAUACUCUCUGGGCAGUUCCUCUCGGACCGCAGUGUGAAGACCUAUGUGGAAGUGGAGCUGUUUGGGUUACCAAGGGACACAAAACGCAAAUACAGAACCAAACUGACCUCCACUGCCAACUCCAUUAACCCUGUGUGGAAAGAGGAGGCUUUCGUUUUUGAGAAGAUCAUGAUGCCUGAGUUGGCAUCUCUCAAAAUUGUGGCUUGGGAGGAAGGAGGGAAGUUCAUCGGCCAUCGUGUCAUUCCCGUUAUUGCAAUGCACUCAGGCUAUCACCACAUUUGUCUCCGCAGUGAGAGCAACAUGCCCCUCACCAUGCCUUCCCUCUUUGUGUACCUGGAAGUGAAGGACUAUGUUCCCGAUGCGUGGGCAGAUCUGACUAUUGCUCUCUCCAACCCCAUUAAGUUCUUCAGUCUGCAAGACAAGAGAUCAGAUAAGCUGAAAGAUGGCUCGGGGGAGAGACUUGGCACACAGAGGAACCUCCCAUCUGCCGAAACUAACGGGAUGCCAGACUCCGCGGGGAAAUUCAGCGCUCCUCUGUCCAACGGGCCCGCAGGAGCUGCAGCUUUCGCCAAGGACGAAAACGUGAUCGAAGUGAUGCAGAUUGCAGAGCCCCAGACAGCCAGCCUCGCGGAGCUGCAGCAGAUCAAGGUCUUUCUGAGGCUGCUGAAGAAGCAGGAGAAGGAACUGAGGGAGCUGGAGCGGAAAGGAAGUAAACGCAGGGAGGAGCUGCUGCAGAAAUACUCUGUGCUCUUUGCGGAGUCUGUCUGCUACGGAGGCAAGAAAAGGAACACCAGGAAAACCCAGAAGAAGAGGAGCCUGAAAAUGGGUGACGUUGGUACAUGUGCAAACCCUGUAGACAUGGCAGAAAGCAUUGACAGCCGAGUUUUGGAACUGAGGGAGAGGCUGGAGAUGGACCUUAUCCAACUGGGGGAGGAACACCAUGAUGGGAUUCGAAGGAAGAAGCAGCAGCACGCCACUGAGCAAGUUCUGAAGAUAACAGAGCUCGCCAGGGCGAAGCAGGCAGCUGAGCUGAAGGCGCUGAAGGAGUCAUCAGAAAGCAAUAUUAAAGACAUCAAGAAGAGGCUGGAGGCAAAGAGAGUGGACCGAAUCCAGACCAUGAUGAGGAAUACGAGUGACAAGGCUGCUCAGGAGAGGUUGAAGAAAGAAAUUAAUAACUCUCACAUUCAGGAAGCGGUGCAAACAAUCAAACUGGUGACAGAGAAGACGGCCAGGUACCAGCAGAAACUGGAAGAGAAGCAGGCAGAUAAUCUGAGAACAAUCAAGGAGAAGGAAAGUCAGCUCCAGCAGGAGGCACUGGCAGAGUACGAGGAGAAACUGAGAAGUCUGAGUAUGGAGGUGCAGGAGAUGGUGAAGAACUAUGCAAAAGCAGGAUUUCCUGGAAAGCCAGAGACUCAGAAGGAAGCAGAUCAGAGCAUUCCUGAGGGAGAACAAGGCUCCAGAGAACACCUGGAAGAAAAGAUCCCAGUGGCAGAAAAGAUCCCAGUGGCAGAGGUGUCAAGGCCUCCAGCAGCCAUGCCUGAGCCCCCAGGAGCUCAAACAGAUGUUGAGAUUGAAGAAAGCAUAUUGUGAGAUGCUUCCCUUUCUUACUGUUCCAUUUCAAGAAGGUUUAGGGAGGUACACAGUGAAGUUAAAGACCAGCUUGACAAACUACUACUAUCCCUUUCCACUCUGGGGAGCUCCUGGAAUCCCUCAGGAAUUUACUGCUCUGUUAUCCUAGAUAUUGGGAGGAGCCUGAGAUCACCUUUCCAGGAGUGCU